AUGGUCGAAGCUCUAGACGCCUUGAUCAUGCCCACCGAUCCGGAUGACUUCGACGAGCUGAAGAUCAUGCGGGAUAUGGCAAGAACGUUUCGCACCUGGUCACAGGGUAAUGUUAUCAGCUUGAUAGGCCUGGAUGGCAUCAACAUCACCUCGGUACCCAAAGGAUUGAACACUAUCACCAGUACCACUGAAGACGAAGAUGAUGCGCAGCAUGAGAUUCUGAUCAAGUUCAUCAUGAGACCAGGCCAAACGGAAAAAGCUCCUGAUAAAUACCGCCUACAUUGUCUUAACAAGAUUAUCUUCGCCUCUGAGCUCUCGAAAAGGACCGGUGUGAAGCUGAAGGCUUGUUUCGACACUGGCGUCGCGAAGUGGAAGGUUCGGCGCAUUGGGGUUGUCGACACGUGCUGGACAGCACGAGCUGGUGGCAGCAAGAUUUCCCGUCGUUUGAUGAAGUACUGUUAUUCUCCUGGCUACAAAGGAGAAAGCUUGGACUGA